UGGGUGCGCCCCAAAGAGUGGAAAUGGAGGCCUGGGUGCUGUCCUUUGGGGUCCGAGUACUGGAGGAGGCUGUCCCUGGCCUCCAGGGCUGGUGGAUGCCGGAGUCCGCGGGGUUGGUGGCUCACCUUGGUCCAGAGCGUGGAGCGAGUUCCCAAGGGGUCCGUGACUCGCAGCGUCGCCUCACCAGGUGUGCCCCCCAGUUCAGGUCGUGGGCGCCAACACGAGAAUGCUCCCCGUUACCGGCGUCCUCCGGGUCCUCGGCUGCUCUAGCGCGACCCUGUCAGCGUUUAGGAUUUUCCUUCUGGGGUCCUUGUCCCGUCCACCAGGGAAUUGGCCUGCAGACGGACCCAGGGUUCGCACUUCACCUCGAAAUGCGGAGCGAUUCCGUCUCGUCCAUGGCGUAGUCACCUGCGAGUCAGUGCCAGAGACCAUUCCCAUCCUUCAGACUUCCUCUGUCACUGUCUCCAGGUCGUUAAAGAGAGGGGGACAAAUUGCUGCUCCUAGCCACCUAGCCCUUGUUCUUUGCUUGCUCUCCACCGUGGGGUUAGAAUGGCUAACCUUUGAUGAGUGCCACUGUGCCAGACCUUGUUGAAGACCUCUGGGAGUGUUAACAGCAAAGGCACGACUUUAUAAAGUGGGGACCACCUGUCCUUACAGAUGAGGAUGAGAAGAUAAGUGAUCACUAAUAAGUUGAAGAACCAGGAUUCAGAUCCAGGACAGGCUGACUCCAGAGCCCCUUCUAGGAUUUUUUUUUUCUUUCCUCCCGGUGCUGGGGUUUGAACCCAGGGCCUUGCAUAUGCUAGCACAGGCUCCUCCACUGAGCUCCACCCCCAGCCCUCCAGAGCCCCUUCUGUACUGUCCCUCAGUAAUUGUCUGCAGUGGGUAUUCCCAGCCACUUUUGACAAUUGCAGAAACACCUGAGACUGGAAAUAAUUUUUAAGAGUUCAGAUCUUCAAACUUCCACUAAGUGAGUUUGGAGAUUUAUUAAACUUUAUGGUUCUAAGUAAGAGUUCAUUCUUAUUAUCAUCAUUAUAGUAUCCUUUUAGAAGGCAAUGGAAUUUUGGGGAAAGAAGCCAGAAUUCAUUUAGAUACUGUCCUCUUCCUGAUUAAAAGAAUGGCUAAGGUUAUCGAGGAACUUCAUCAAAGCUGCAGUUUGCCUCAAAAGCAAAAAACGAGAACUUAGGUCUCAUGACAGUUUUGUUGGAACAGUUUUCUGCACUCAAGGAUGUUUUGUCACAUCAAAGCUCUGCUUGAGGCAAGGCGCUUUUCCAAAUAAAGAGCCAGCAAGAAGUGGAGGUGACAAGAACUGAACUUGUUAAAGCCAUGUGCCCGAGCUUAGUGACUUUCUCAGACGUGGCCAUAGACUUCUCCCAGGAGGAGUGGGAGUGGCUGAGCCCUGCUCAGAGGAGGCUGUACAGGAAGGUGAUGCUGGAGACCUACCGGAGCCUGGUCUCCGUGGGUCUCUGCAUUUCUAAACCAGAUGUAGUCCACUUACUGGAGCAGGAGAAGGAGCCCUGGACGAUGCCAGGAGAAGUAGUCAGGGGCCUGUGCCCAGACCUGGAGUGUGUGGGGGUGACCAAGGAAUCAUCUCCAAAUUGGGACAUGGAGGAGGAAAAAUUAUCCCAGGCUGCAGUGAUGGAAAGACUGACAAGCCGUGACCCUGAGUGUUGUGCACAUUCUGGGGAAGACUGGAAGUGUGGACCCUUGCUGGACAGGGAGCUGGUAGGUCAGGAGACAGUCACUCAUGUAGAUACCCAUGUUGAGAAAAGAGACCGUUCUACCAAAUCCAGAACCCAUUGUCAUCAGAAUACAGAGUCUUAUAUGACACAGAUUGUUCCCAUGGGGCAGAGAAGGUGUGAUUUUGAUACAGAUAAGAAAACACAUUCAGUUCCCCAAAAACCCAAGCAAGUCUAUGGAGAAAAGAAACUUUUGAAAUGUAACGACUGUGAGAAAAUGUUCAGCAAAGUUUCGACCCUUACUCUUCAUCAGAGAAUUCACACUGGAGAGAGACCCUAUGAGUGUGCCGAGUGUGGGAAGGCCUUCAGCCAGAACGCCCACCUUGCCCAGCACCGACGGGUCCACACCGGGGAGAGGCCGUUCCGCUGCCCGCAGUGCGCCAAGGCCUUCGGCGACCGCUCCUCACUGGCCCACCACCGCAGGGUCCACUCUGGAAAGAGGCCCUUCGGGUGCACGGACUGCGGGAAGACCUUCAGGCAGAAGGCCUCCCUGGUGCGGCACCAGCGGUACUACCACAAUGGGGAGAAGCCCUUCCACUGCGCGGACUGCGGGAAGGCCUUCACGGACCACGCAGGGCUCCUCCAGCAUGAGAGGGUCCACACCGGGGAGAGGCCCUACAGGUGCGGCCAGUGUGGGAGGGCCUUCAGCCACAGCUCGUCCCUGACCGUGCACCAGCGGGACCACACGGGGGAGAAGCCUUACCCAUGCGCCGCCUGCGGAAAGGCCUUCAGCCACGGCUCGCUCACGCUGCACCAGCGGAUCCACACGGGCGAGAAGCCCUACGCGUGCCAGGACUGCGGGAAGGCCUUCCGCCAGAGCACCCACCUUGCCCACCACCGGAGGGUGCACACGGGCAAGAAGCCGUUCGCGUGCCAGGACUGCAGCAAGGCCUUCAGCCAGAACUCGCACCUGGCGCAGCAUCGGAAGGUGCACACCGGGGAGAGGCCAUACGCGUGCCAGGCCUGCGGCAAGGCCUUCAGCCAGAUGGCACACCUCGUGCAGCACCAGCGGGUGCACACUGGCAGAAGGCCCCACGAGUGUCUUGAGUGUGGGAAGACCUUCGGACAGAGGGCAUCCCUGGCCCUGCACCUGCGCAUCCACACGGGCGAGAAGCCCUUCCGCUGUGACGUGUGCGGAAAGCCCUUCAUUGAGCGCUCGUCCCUCACCAUCCACCGGCGCGUGCACACGGGGGAGAAGCCCUACACGUGUGGGGACUGCGGCAAGGCCUUCAGCCAGCGCAUGAACCUCGUAGUGCACCAGCGCACGCACACAGGCGAGAAGCCCUAUGCGUGCCAUGUGUGCGGCAAGGCCUUCCGCAAGACCUCGUCCCUCACGCAGCAUGAGCGCAUCCACACGGGCCAGAAGCCCUACGCGUGUGGGGACUGCGGCAAAGCCUUCAGCCAGAACAUGCACCUCAUUGUGCACCAGCGCACGCACACAGGCGAGAAGCCCUACGUGUGUCCCUUGUGUGGCAAGGCCUUCAGCCAGAAUAUGCAUCUGACAGAGCACCGGCGCACGCACACGGGAGAGAAGCCGUACGCGUGCAAAGAUUGUGGCAAGGCCUUCAACAAGAGCUCCUCGCUUACCUUGCACCAGAGGAACCACACUGGCGAGAAGCCGUACGUGUGCAACGAGUGCGGCAAGGCCUUCAGCCAGAGCUCCUACCUCAUCCAGCACCAGAGGUUCCACAUCGGAGUGAAGCCCUUCGAGUGCGCGCAGUGCGGGAAGGCCUUCAGUAAGAACUCGGCGCUCGCGCAGCACCAGCGCAUCCACACGGGCGAGAAGCCCUACGAGUGCUACCUCUGCAAGAAGCACUUCACCGGGCGCUCGUCGCUUGUGGUGCACCAGAUCGUGCACACCGGCGAGCGUCCCUACAAGUGCAGUGACUGUGGCAAGGCCUUCAGCCAGAGCGCGUACCUGAUAGAGCACCAGCGCAUCCACACCGGCGAGAAGCCGUACCGCUGCGCGCAGUGCGGGAAGUCCUUCAUCAAGAACUCGUCGCUGACGGUGCACCUGCGCAUCCACACCGGCGAGAAGCCCUACCGCUGCGCCGAGUGUGGGAAGGCCUUCAGCCGCAACACGAACCUGACCCGGCACCUGCGAAUCCACACCUGAGCUCAGCGGUGGACACCAGGUGGGUGGGCUGUGCCGUGCAGGUCAGUGGGGCAGUCCUGUCUUUGGAGCACAUGAUGACUGACCCCAGGAGGCCCAGGAAUGUGGGCAUCCUUGGAGGGCUUUUUGCUCAAACAUGCCCUCCUACGAAGGUCAGCAAGUCCCUGGAUACCUGGUGUAUUGGGGGACGUUGUAAGGUUUCUGAGGUCCAGUUAGUAAUGGAACUUAGGCUGGGGCCCAGCCCUCUGUGUGAAUACAAGAGCUUGACAAAUGGCAGUGUCUCGGGGCUGCAUGUCAGCAGGACUAAGGGGCAGGUGGGCGGAGGGUGAAGACUGGGCUCUUACUCCCUUUGUCCUGUGCGCCCUGAAUCCAGAUCUCAGUUUGUCCCAUCUCAGUUUUCUCCAUGGGUUAAAGGGAGAUGGGGGCGUUGGUCCUUCCCACUGGCAGUCCGUCCUGUCCUACUGGAUCCCAGUUGUUGGUAAGGGAGGAAAGGGCCCCAUGCCGUAGUUAGCAAAUAACAAUGCCUGCUUUGAAUGCCAAAGUUAGAGUAGUCUGUUAGGAUUUUUCAAAAUAAAGCUUUUGAUUAAGGGAGAUUAGGUCAUUUUAAGUGAUCUUUUAAGUGUAAGAGAUAGGAUGCCAGUCCUGUGUCAAAGUCGACUUCGGAGACGGAGGGGAGAGUGGGAGGGAGGGAACCGAGGCUGCGCCAGGUCAGGUCCCUUGGGGUUCAGUGAGGCAUGCACUCCAGCAGACUGUUCCUGCAGUUAUUUUAGCAGCUUGGCUUGAAGGUAACCGCCGAGCCCAUUCCUGCUGUCACAGGAAGAGCCCUCCACUGGGUAGCCAUGUGCAGUGGCACAGCACUGCUCACAACAGUCCUGGAGCUGGGAGGGCCAAGGUGCCCGCAGGCUUGGUGCCUGAAGAGGCCCAUUCUAUAUAGACUGCCUCUGUGUGUCUUCCCUGUGCUCCUUGGGCCUCUUACAGGGGCUCUGCCCCUAGGACCCCUCCUCCCAGAGGCCACCUCUUCAUGUGGUCCACCCUGAAUGUGAGGGACACCGACGCGCAGGUUUGCCGGACCUUGUCCUGCACCUCCUGGCUGACUGGAAGCUCUGCCUGCACCUGGGGGGCCCGCCACCCCACCUUUUAAUACUGACAUGGAUAGAACUGGUUCUGAACGCCCUGGAGUUUCUGAUGAUUCCCACUUUUUGAUACUGGUGUAUAUGAAGAAUAAACAAGUCAUUUAAAGGUCACUUUGGUAUCACAAGUACACUUUGUAAGGCGAGUGGGGAAAGUGCCCUCCUGGCACGUAUACGCAAGAUGACGGUUUUCCAGCUGGAAGCUGGUCGAGUGUCGGGUGGACUUGGUCCAGCACUCUGUGGUGGAGCCCUUGCUGUCUGAGUCUCUGGCUCUCCUUCAUGAGUUGGCAUCCCCCAUGACUUCCCGUGGGACCUUGCCGUUCGCAGCAGCCCCUCAGCCACAUCCUGAUGGAGAGAAGACUUCUUCCAGUCUUUGGGGGAAGAAAUCCUAAGCUUCCUUCUGUUGGGUUCACCCCUGAUCUGACCUCUGCACAGAGGUGGCCUGUGCUGGUCAGCGCAGAUCUGGGCCCUUUCCGCACUCCCAAAUGGCUCUGGUGAAGGAUGGAAUCAAUGCCACUGUCUGCCCUUGAUGUGGGUGUCCGGGCCAGUCCCUCCACAUCACAGUAGGGGAGGCGAGUGGCAGUGGAGAAUAUGACCUGGCCACCUGCCUGGGUCAGCAAGAGUUAAGGAGGACUCCUCCCGCUGAUAGCAUCAUGAGCGUGGUUCUCACUGCACAUGUCUCUUGGAGGCCAUCGCCAUGUCUGUUCCCUGUGUGUUAACCAGGAGGUGGGGCAGGGGCCACGGGCCAGGAGGUCCCGCCUGCGUGUCCUGGUGGCUGACAUUGCACCCACACUUCUGCUGCAGAACAGGAUGCCCCAGCCCUUCACAGAGGUGGGAGAGAAUGGGGAUACUGACAUGUUGCUGUCCCACAGUGGCACGUGCCCAGGACAUUGUGGGGCCAAAAGGCAAACUGUGGUGGGAUAGAGCCCAGAGGAAGUGGCUCCUCGCCAGCCUCAUAACCCCACCAUGUCCCGGGUAACUCCUGGGCUUUGGAUUCCUCAGCUUGAAAAUGAGAACAUAGUGGCACUCCCCGGGUCACAGAGCACUGCUCACUAUAUCCUCCGGCUUGGGGCUCUCCGCCUCCCCUGAUUGGCUCUCCUGUUUCUGUCACACACCUCCUGGGAGGCUGAAGGCGCAGGGCAGUGGCAGCUCUGCUCCACAGGGCCAUUCAGGACACAGGUUCUUCCCGUCCUACUGACGUGACUAUCCCCCAGGGUCGUCAUGGGUCUAGGUUCCUGUGGGAGCUGAGCUGCUGCUAUACCCAGGGUCCAGCCAUCAUGCUGCCGCUGAUCAUGUCACUGAAGGAAAAAAUCCACCAACUGCAGGAGGCCGGUCCUUAGUGCUGACGGGCACCCUGAUCUUGGAGACAUUCACGUGUGUAGCCGUGAGAUCUAGAGUUCAGCUGGAUGGUGAACGGCCUCGCUGCCCGCGCCAGGACCGGGGCACAGUCUUGGCAAUCUCCACACACCCGCCCACACCCCGUGGCCGACUGGGUGGCAGGACCCGUUUGAGGCUCCCCCGCAUCCCUCACCCCUCUGCCCUCCUCCCUCCGUCAGGGGUGCUGGUGCCCAAGGGUGCCGCCUGGGCUUCUCACCCACCGCGCGGCGCUUUUCUGUGUGUGCUUCAGCUUCCUCACCUGCAAAGGGGUAAGUGACAGCGCCUGCAGCUGGGCCACAGUCCCAGCCCUGGACCCCGCACGGAGGCACGGUGACUGUGCCUCCAGGGGCCUGGCUGCUGGCUCUGCUGGCUCCAAGCCGCGGCCAGGACUUGGGUUCCCAGGUGCCCGGGCCAGACGCAGCCAGAGAGAAACUAAGGCUUGCAAGGCCUGCCAGCUGGGAAUGCGGCGCUGAGGUCCCCAGAGGGAACCAAGGCACCCAACCUGGGUGCUGCGGCCUCUCCAGCCCGACUCACCUGCGCUUGGGGCUGCUGACCGUGGGGGCCGUCAGCCCCCGCAGCUCCUGCCCAGCGAGCCCUGCAGCCACCCUGCCGCGCCAGCCCCGCCCACUCGCGUGAGACCCACCCACGACUGAUCACCAUGCUCUAGCCCCGCCCUCCUAUUACUAGUGUCACUUAUUGAGCACGUACGCCAUGUGGGGCCCACAGAGCAUGGCAUUCACCUGCAGCCAGAGGUGGCUUUGGCUGAUAAAUCUGGGAAAGGCCUCAGAAGGCCUCAGCAAGAUGGGGCGCGUCGGGUUUCGCCUCUGCUGGGAAAGGGGGGCGGGUGUUUGCAGCCAUCCCCUGUGUUGCAGAAGGGUGGAGAGGUGCAGAGGUGGAGUGGGUGGGGCAGGUGAGAAGCUGCUAGGAACAGGAGGCGGUGUGUAGACGGGAGGAGAGGUCUGGGUCAGGAAGGGCCUGAGCUACUUUUCCCCUCGCUGUUGGCGGUGGGGCAGAGGCUGUGCCUAGAAAGUGGGUGCAUAGUGGGCGAAGCUCUGGGGUGGGCAGUGAGUCCUUCGGUCAACAGAUCCGAGCUGUGCCCCGGGCAGUGUUGCAGAGGCCGGAAUCCAGCGGCGACCAACCCUCCCCUGAUUUCUGAGCACGACCAACCCACCCCUGAUUUCUGAGCACCGUAGGAGGAUGAGAGAAGAGAUGAAGUGGGUGGCUGCGGCCAGGGAGGGUGGGCCUGAGAGGGUGACGCUGCAGCAGAGACUGUUGGCAGAGGGAAGACCAUUCACACCGCUGGAAGAACAGCACGGCACUCGUCCACCUGUGCCCGAAGCCGUGCUUGGAAGAGGGCAAAAGGGGCCACACCAGCAUCACCUCAAAAGACUGGCCUAGUAGCUUGGGGUUCACCUGGAAGAGCAGCCGGGAAAGGAGUAGAGAGUGAGGUGGAAACACUCAGCCACAGUCCUGGGCACGCCCAUUCGCCUGUUUCGAAAGUGAGGGGGCUUCAGGGGCCUUCACCCAGCAGCUGCUCACCAAUGUCCUAAAGCAUUUUGAUAAAUGAAUGAUGUGUGUGAGACUAGUAGUGUUUCUCUGCUCACCAUCACUCUGGGUGUGAGGUGUUGCAUUCAGCUUUGGCCAUGUGGCAACUGCUCCAAAAGUUAGUGAGACGCUUCUUCAUUGUGGCUUCCCGGACGAUGUUCCACAGGGCGCCCCCGCCAUCCUCACUCGUGCAGUUGUGGUUGCUGCUGGUUAGCUGUGGGCAGGCUGGUCUUGACUAGCCGGGGCUGAGUGACUUGCCUCUCCUCCAUGGCUGGUCCUCCAGCCAGUGAGCUGGAGCCAGUGCAGGCUGAGCAGGGAGGGAGUUGGGGUCCCCUGACCACUCACAGAGGAGACAGAGUGGAAGGGGGCUGCAGGAGGAGGCUUCUUGGGGCUUUGGCCUGCUACAGACACCCCAGCAUUCACAUCGCAUUUCACUGACAAGUCCCAAGAGCACCUGGAAGAGUUGGAAAAUCCGCAUUGCAAAGAGGCAUGCAUCCAGUGAGGGUCACCUUGGCAGUCUGCUCCAUCAGGUUAAGCAUAAAAAGUCAGGGAGAGUAUGAAAUAUCUGACAAACAGAAGACAUGACGUUACAGGGACUUUCACCUUAUACACUUUAAAUUCAGAAUUGUUCAAAUGUUUUGCAAUAAACAUUAUGUUUUAAAAUAUCUCGGCAUGGAAGUCUUCAAGCACACACUCUAGCACUGAGAACCCCCUGUGUCCAUCUCCCAGAUACCACUGUACUGGUCUGGUUGCAUUUAAACAUGUCCCUUCUCUGCUGGUUUAUUUAAACCCAUCCCAGUUACCUCAUCAUUUUCUUCAUCAAUAUUUCAGUGUGUGACUCCAGCAGAAGAGAACUUAAAAAAAAAAAAAAAACUUAACCGCUAUAUGAGUAUCACAGCCAACAAAAUGAGCAGUCAUUCAAAAUACCAC